GGCUUGGGGCGUCACGUCCGAGGAGUGACCCAGGAGCCGCCCUGUCCCUGCCGCCGGGGGAGACCUCCUGCUGAGUGUUGAUGCUGAAUUAACGUUCCCUCAUUAAAAUGGCUUCAACUCCCAAUGUUAUGCUUCCUUUAUCGGAUUGCUUGUGCCAGAUAUGCACAGAUAUCCUUAUAGAACCCGUAACUCUGCCUUGUAGCCACACACUUUGUAAUGCCUGUUUCCAAUUGACUGUGGAAAAGGCUAAUCUGUGCUGUCCUUUUUGUCGUCGGAGAGUGUCUUCGUGGGCCAGGCAACAUGCCCGGGAAAAUACUCUAAUCAACAUGGAACUGUGGGAUAAAAUUCAAAAAAGUUACCCAGAAAAGUGCAAGAAAAAAACUACGGAGGAGGAUUUGGAUGAUGAUGAUGUUGAUAUGUAUCAGCCACGUCAUACACUAAGCCAGCCUGGGGAAUUGAGGCGUGAAUAUGAAGAAGAAAUUAGCAAAGUGGAGGCUGAACGAAGGGCCUAUGAGGAAGAAGAGAGCAAAGCAAGUGAAGAAUACAUUCAGAAAUUAUUAGCAGAGGAGGAAGAAGAGCAAAAGCUAGCAGAAGAAAGGAAAAGAAAGAUGGCGGAACAGCUGAAAAGAGAUGAAGAACUGGCCCGAGAAAUCAGUAUCAAUCUUAACAAACUGAGUGAGAAAAGUGUCUUUAGUUCACCUUCAAAUGCUAAACAGUCUUCACCAGUCACCAACAAGUCACAAAAGAAGAUUAAGAACCAAUUAAGCUUCCUUGGAAGUAUUCAAAAGUAUCUGUCACCAAAGUCCCAGUUUGCCUCAGUACAAGCAUCUCAACUUGAACUUGCCACAGAAGAUAAUGGGAAUUAUAUGUCUAAGGAUGUUAGUAGUAAUAAUGUGAGGAGCACUAGGUCGCAAGAAGAUGAGCUUAUGCCAACACUAACUCCACAAACAUUCCUUGAAAGUCAGAGCAGAGUUACAAAGAGUUCAAUUACAGAUUCACCUAUGCCUCAUUUAAGUGCCUUUAGUUUGGAAGAAGAAUGUCUUGAGAAAGAAACUAAAUCACAGAUGAGUAAUCCAAAUGAAGUUAUGCAUGGACAUUUUUGUACAAAUCAUGAAGUGCAAACCAGAUUUCUCUGUUCUGCUGAGGUUGGAGCCACGUCUCCUGAAAAAUCAGAGAAUGGACAUGCAGUACCUAAUCUGGCAGAAAUAACCAAAAACAGUGUUGAUGAUACAGAAAAUGAAGAUAGGAAUCUGUUGAUUGGUAAAGAAAUUCCCAAAAGAAAAGAUGAGGAAUCUCCUGAGUUAGUUGGUGAUUCAAGCAAUUCUGCAAAGAGAAGAAAAAUCUGUAUGGAAAUUUCUUCAGAACAAGAAGAGACAGAAAAUAACAUUGCACAGAAACUGAUAGACUUGGAACACUUGCUCUUUGAGAGACAUAAGCAGGAAGAACAAGAUAGGUUAUUGGCCUUAGAACUUCAGAGAGAAGUGGAUAAAGAGCAGGGAAAACCGAAUCGGCAGAAAGGGUCCCCAGAUGCUUAUCCCUUGCGCACUAAAGUUUCCUUACAUCCAGAUGAAUCUCCAAAUGGCUGGAGAAUGCAUUCCCAGGAAAAGAACUGCAAAAAACAAUCCGAAACAACAGAGCUUUCAAAACCUCGAAGGAGCUCAAAAGAUGAAAACUGGCAGCCUUCUGGGAUCCAAAAGAAAAUUUCAGUUACUAAGGGAGGAAAGGCGCCCAAAUCUUCAAAAAAUGCCCAUUCUCUCCGACCUAGUAAUGCUCAAAAAAGUAUUUUUGAGAUGUUUCAGCAAGCUGCAAAAUAA